GAGAACCCCUUCCUGCCCCCCCGAGGGCCUGCGGGGCCCCGCGAUGUGAACCUGUUCACGCCGGACGUGGACCUGCCCAAAGUGACCUCAGCGGAGCUCAAUUACGACAACAUCAAUGACUCGCUGUCCCGCCUCAACGGGGGCCGGCAAGGGCCCCGGGGCCGCAGGGCCAACGGAGACCAAUCUGGGAAACCUGUGGCUCGCAGUAAGACCCUUCCCCCUCAGGUGCCCCCCCGCACCUACGUCCCCGUCCCCAAGAGCAACAAGAACCAGCGGCGAGUGUCUGCCGACCCGGUGUCUCUGGGCUCCCGGAUGAACGGCUUCGGAUACGAACUCUUUCAGGUGUCCGAGGAAAGAGACGAGGAGGUGGCGGCUUUCUGUCACAUGCUGGACGUGUGAGUCACACACACACACACAC